AUGGGGAGGAUUAUUUUCUACGAGGAUAAAAACUUCCAGGGCCGCCGCUACGAGUGCGACAGCGACUGCUCAGACUUCCACGCCUACCUGAGCCGCUGUAACUCCAUACACGUGGAGAGUGGUGUCUGGGUGGUCUAUGAGCGCUCUGACUUUAUGGGCUACCAGUAUGUAGUAACACGUGGUGAAUACCCAGAAUUCCUGCGCUGGAUGGGGGUGAAUGAUCGGCUCAGCUCCUGCAAGAUGAUCAACUUAAAAAGCGGGACACAGUACAAGGUACAGCUCUUUGACAAGGCAGACUUUGCAGGGCAGUCAUUUGAGGCCACCGAGGACUGUCCCUCCAUCUUGGAGCACUACCACUUGAGAGAGGUGCACUCCUGCAAGGUCCUGAAUGGCUACUGGGUAUUCUAUGAGCACUCCAAUUACCGUGGCAGACAGUACGUUCUGGAAAAGGGUGAAUAUCGCAAGCCUGUCGACUGGGGUGCGGUCUGUCCCACCGUGCAGUCCUUAUGCCGCCUGACCGAAUAA